AUGAACAAUUUUAUUCCUUUCUUCUUCUUAUCCUCAUCUUCCUCCUCCUCCCCAUCAUGUUCAUGAAGAAUUAGAUUGAUGGCUAUUACCUUAAAUCCUUCAGCUCAAAUCUCAAUUGAGAAACAUGGCUCAUUCCCAAAAUAUGCAAACAAAGAGUUCAUGUCAAAACGCAGCGAUGUCUCACAGAAAAAGACACCAGUUGGUCCAGUAGUGCUGAGGACCACAGCAUCCAUCAAGAACAAGGUUUAUGAGGAUCAAUCUAAGGGCAUAAUUUGUUACCGUGAUAAGAGUGGAGAAAUAAUUUGUGAAGGGUAUGAUGAAGGGCCUAAUUAUCAACGAAUUUCAAGACCAAUCUAUCACCGAAGUGGUUUUGCUGGUUUUAGUGAUGCUGAAAUCAUGAAUCUUCUACCAAAACAAAGUUGGCUUCAGAUUGUAAAAGCGGAGGAAAUUGAUUUCAAAGUUGAAGGCGUUCCUCUGCUUGAGGAUUUAAGCUGGUUUAAUUCGUUUGGCUAAUCAGUUUAAGGCAUAUUACCACAAAAACAGAGUAAUAAUAAUGUAAAUAUAAUGGUGACUCGAAUAGUAAUGCACAGUUGGUCUAUUCCUGCAGAACAUUUCACACAUAUUGUUUUCUUAAUUGCUUUAUCUUUUCGAUCA